UUGGUUUAAACAGUAAUUUUCGAUAAAUUAAUUAAACAAAUCAAAACUUUGACGAAAACCAUCUCGAAAAAAUUCAUUAACAAUGAUAAGUUCAGACUUAUCAAUCCAACUAACCCUCAAUAUAACCAACAUCUAAUUCAAGGAGAAAGCUUAUACAACUGAUAGUCCGUGGAGAGAUCAGGGUUGACAAAAACCCUUCAAUACAAUAGAAAAUCUACAACAGAUUUCAUGUUCAGACUGCCAUUGACUCCUCAUUUAAAUAAGAUUGCAUGGGCCAACUCUUCGACUCCUCAUUCAUGGGGAGAUAUAGGUACCCACAAAAAUAGCCGAUUGGCAGUCCAGCUGCCUCUACCAAACCGUUGGUAGAGAAUAUGUAACGCUCAAAAUCAAUGAAACCGUCAGAGCCAAUAGAUGUUGCCAGCUAUAAGGUAGCUGGGCAUAGGUUGGUAAAAUUUGCAAACAUCCUGCAUGCUGCUUGAACGUGCCCUAUAAAUGUUACACAUGACCUGAAAAAAACUUGUAUUUUGAAUUGGAUACAUGCAUUUCAGUUUUGUUGUCUUGACAAUAUCAAAUUUGAGGUUGCUGUUGGCCAUUAAUCUGCAGUUGCUGUGAUGGAGAAGGUUAAAAGCCAUUUUGAUGAAGGAGGAGAACCAGUCAUGGAUCUAGACAUGGAAUCAGAUAGAGGAUUCUUUACAGAGACGUCGAUUGAGAAGGAUUGCAGGCAAAAGGAGUCAUUCCUUUCUCCUGUCUAUGACUCCGACGAGUAUCAUUACAGUAAAGACAAGUCCAGAAAAAGUAGACUUGUAAACAAGAGCAGGCAUGGAGAUUUUAGACUGGAGCCAGUGGAUGAGAAGGAAUAUUGCAAUGAAAAAUCCCAUUCUCCUGCCUUUGAUUUGGGAGAAGGUAACGAUACUAGGGUUAGGAAAAUAAAAAUUAAGUUUAUAAAGAAGGUUGGACAUGAAAGCUCUCAUGAGGCAGAGCAGUCACAGAAGAGGAAGAAUGAAAAUAGAGGCAGUGGAGAAGUUAGGAAAAGAAAAAAAGAGAUGGAUAAUGAGGGUGGAAAAGAAAACAAAUCAGUUGGAGAUGAAAGCUCUGAUGAGGCAGAGCAGUCACUGAAGAGGAAGAGUGAAGAUAGAGCUAGUAGCGAAGCUAGGAAAAGAAAAAGAGAGAUGGAUAAUGAGGGUGGGAAAGAAAAUAAAUCAGUUGGAGAUGAAAGCUCUGAUGAGGCGGAGCAGUCAGUGAAGAGGAAGAGUGAAGCUAGAACCAGUGGCGAAGCUAGGAAAAGAAAGAAAGCGAUGGAUAAUGAGGGUAGCAGAGAAAAGAAAUCAAAAUCCAAGUCUGAAUCUGUAAAUAAGAUCAAGAGACUUGUUAAUUCUGGAGACAACUUCAAAAAUUCUAAGAGCAACAGAAAUGACAUAGAAAUGGACGAAAUGUGGGACACAAUUGCUGGAGACUCAGAAGAUGACCAAGCAGGUCAAAGAACUAUUGAAGAUGAUGCAUUUAUUGAUGAUACUGGGGUUGAUCCACAUGACCGUAUUCUCACUGAUGAUAGUUUUGUCCAUAAUGCUCCACAGGCAGAAGAAGGAGAGGAAGAUGCUAAAAUUAAAUCUAAGAAGAAGAAAAAGAAAGGAUUAGAACGCUCACCAGAGGAAACUGCAAUGAUUAUUGAGCAAUUUCUGGCUAAGUUUGAAGUUGCAGCCGAGGAAGAUGCUGAGUUCAAUCGGCAAUCCAGACCAGCAGUUAAUAAGCUUAAAAUGUUACCUCUGCUAACCGAGGCCUUGUCCAAGAAACAGUUGCAGCAAGAAUUCUUAGACCGAGGGAUACUUUCCGUUUUAAAGAAUUGGCUUGAGCCGCUGCCAGAUGGAAGUUUGCCUAAUAGAAAUAUUCGUACUGCAAUAUUGAAGAUCUUGACAGAUUUACCAGUAAAAAUUGAACAGUUUGAUAGGAGGGAACUACUAAAGAAAAGUGGAAUUGGAAAGAGUAUCAUGUUCCUGUCAAAGUCAAAUGAGGAGAUACCAUCUAACAAGAAGCUUGCAAAAGAUCUUGUUGACAAAUGGAUCCGACCAAUAUUCCAAAAGAGUACUAGAUAUGAAGACAUGAGAGAUUUUGGUGAAGAAAGGGUUCCUUAUAGAAGGCCACCACCAAGCAGAAUAACUGAAGAAAAGGCUAUGGCUUUGAGGUUCGAAGAUGAUAGUGAUGGUUUUGAUUUUUUAGGACUUCCACAGAAACCUAAGCCCGGCGAGAAGGGUUACAAAGCACAUGCUGUUGCUUCCAGGCCUGAAGCAUCGCGACUGGACUAUGUGGUGCGCCCUCAAUCAAAGAUCGAUCCAGAAGAAAUCGGAGCUCGUACUAAGCAACGGAAACAAUCUGAGCGGUGGAUAAAGCUAGAUAAGAAGUUGAAGAAUCUGAAAGCACCAAAGAAAAAGAGGCUUCAAGCAGCCAAGAUUAAUGUUGAGGGACGUGGGUUGGUGAAAUAUUUCUAGUUAAUGACCUGAUUCUCUGAGAUACCAACUCGGCUUUUCUUGAUGACAAUUUUUUAACAAAUUUGCCAUAAGAUGGCAGCAUGAUGUUUUUUGACCAAAACAAAAUUUACAGAUAUCAUAAAGUUUGAGAUAACAUUUGCUUAAUACUGUGUAUUUUGGACUUUAAAUCUAUCUGCCCAGCUCUCCUUGCUGGUUUAAACA